UAAUAAUAAUAUUAUUAUUUUUAUUAAAAUUUUUCUUGUUUUUUGAACUUUGAAACGUAUAAAAGAUAAAUUAAAGAAAAUAACAAAUCAUUUGCAUUUGAUGUCAGACCACUUGCUCGAAAUCAAGUAGAAUGAACAAAGUCACGACAACAAUGAAUAAUACAAUUAAAACAGCUAAAAAUAUUAUUAGAAAAGAAAUUGAUAUUAAAAUUAAAAAUAUUGAUAAACAAGAAUUAGGACGUCAAUCUGAUGUUGUUUAUAAAAAGCUAAUAGCACUACCACAGUAUCAAUUGAGCAAAAGAAUUUCUAUAUAUUUAAGUACUGAUAAUGAAAUAAAUACAUUGUCAAUAUUAAAAAAUAUAUUUGACAAUAAUAAAGAAGUAUUUAUUCCAAUGUAUGAAGGAAAAUUAAUGAAAAUGGUUAAAUUAAAAUCAAUACAAGAUUAUGAAAAUUUACCAAUAACUAAAUGGAAUAUUAAACAACCAUCUGUUAAUGAUGUUAGAGAUGAUGCUUUGUUAACAGGGGGAUUAGAUUUAAUUAUUCUUCCUGGUGUUGCUUUUACAAUGUCUGGAAAAAGAUUGGGACAUGGAAUGGGAUAUUAUGAUAAAUAUAUUAAUAAUUAUAUUCAAUUGAAAAAUAAAAAACCAUAUUUAAUUGGUCUUGCAUUCAAUGAACAAAUUAAAGAUGAUAUACCAACAAAUGAGCAAGAUGUUAAUCUUGAUUUAAUUUUAACCGAAAGAUAAAAAAUUUAUUAAUAAUA